CCACCAUCGGAUUCAUACCUGACCAAACAAGCGGAUCUGGAAUACCCACAUGCUAUGAAUAUACUGGUUAUCCAUACACCCAUGAUUCGAUGAAAAAAGCAAAAUGUGAUAUGGUAACAACAAAAAGCCAACAAUUUAACGGUGUUGUUGGAAAUCUUAGUCCAGAUCAAGCGUUUACCAUAGAUUUUCACUGCGGGGUCAGUGACAAAACGCUUUGUAAUAAAGCUCAAACUGCAUUUAAUAAUGUUGGUAAACGAAUAGCUUCAGUAUUAAAGAUUAACACAGUAAUAAAAGUAAAUGCUACUUUCACUGACUUCUGCAAAACGCUUAAUGAAUGUUCAAAUAGUGCAGGAUUAGUUUUGGGAUCUGCAGCACCUGCGCGAACAAUUCCAAUAGUAGAUGAUGAUAAUGUGACAAGACUUUAUCCUCAGGCAUUAGUAAAACAAAUGAAUCUACCAAAUCGGCCACAAUAUGGAAC